GGCGAUCAGCCAAUCAAACAGAGGCUAACAUUUGUGUUUGGUCGUACGACGUCCUCGCGUGCCGUGCGAGUCACAUUAACAAAUAUUUCGCCGAAAUGGAGGAUGUCUUCGUCGUUUCAGCUGUUCGAACGCCUGUUGGGUCCUUCAACGGAGCAAUAUCCACACUAUCUGCUCAUGAUCUUGGCAGUAUAGUUAUUAAGGAAGCUGUGAAGAGGGCAAAUGUCAAAGGUGAAGAUGUGUCAGAGGUCAUCAUGGGUCAAGUUCUUACAGCAGGGCAGGGCCAAAAUCCUGCACGACAAGCGAGUGUAAAUGCUGGCAUUCCAUACACAGUCCCAGCAAGUGGAGUGAAUAUGCUCUGUGGAUCUGGUUUGCGGGCCAUUGUCAUGGCAGUACAGGCUAUACGUACUGGUGAUGCUAGCAUUGUGGUGGCUGGGGGUCAGGAAAGCAUGAGCAAGGCUCCCCAUUGUGUCCACAUGAGAGAAGGUGUCAAGUUUGGUGAUGUAAAUAUGGUGGAUUCUAUGAUAAAGGAUGGACUUACUGAUGCUUUUAACAACUACCACAUGGGCAUUACAGCGGAAAAUGUAGCACGGCAGUGGAGUGUGACAAGACGGGAACAGGACGAGUUUGCCUUACAGUCCCAGAAAAAGUGUGAGACAGCACAGAAAUCCGGGAACUUUGAUCAAGAAAUAGUGCCUGUCAUUAUACAGACAAGAACAGGUCCACAAGAGGUGAAGCAAGAUGAAUUUCCCAGAGCUGGUUGCACUAUUGAAGGAUUCCAAAAGCUAAGACCUGCUUUUGUAAAAGAUGGAUCAGGAACUGUCACUGCAGGAAAUGCCUCAGGGAUCAAUGAUGGGGCUGCAGCUGUGGUCCUCAUGUCUGGCACAGUAGUAAAAUCACGAGGCAUCAACCCCAUAGCUCGUCUGGUCUCGUGGGCGCAGGCUGGGGUGGAUCCAACAAUCAUGGGUACUGGACCCAUCCCUGCAGUCCGCUCAGCUCUCUCAAAGGCUGGCUGGAAGGUAGAAGACAUAGAUUUGUUUGAACUGAAUGAGGCGUUUGCAGCACAGUCAGUUGUGGUAGCUAAGGAUUUGGGCUGUGAUCCAGCAAAGGUAAAUGUAAGCGGGGGAGCCAUAGCGAUUGGCCAUCCAAUUGGUGCUUCUGGAGCUCGCAUCUUUGUUACCUUGCUUCAUGGUCUUGUGCGGACGGGUGGCAAAAAGGGUGUGGCAGCACUGUGUGUUGGUGGAGGGAUGGGCAUUGCUGUAUGCAUUGAAAGGAUAUGAAUAUUUAUAACCUCCUGACCAUUA